GCGGCGGCUCCGCCGGGAGAAGCCUCCGUCCGACGAGCCGCUGGCGGCGAGACGGCGGCCGAGCGAUGGAGUCUGGGGAGAGGAAGAGGAGGAGGAAGUCGCGGAGCUUCCGAGUGGUCACGCACGAAGAUUUUGACCCUGCGUAUGUGGUGAACCCCGGCUGCACAGACGGGACCGGAGACUCGAGAGACGCCUCGGUGCCUCUGGUUUGUCUAGGGGAUGAGGGCAUGGAGAUCAAGAGACAGAUCACUGGCAUGAUGAGGCUUCUGGGUGACAGGGCUGGCAGGGUCUAUCAGCGUGUGGGAGCAGAGGGCAGCGGUGGGAAGAAGGACGACGGGCAUCUGAGCUGGGAUCACCAGCCUGCUGCUCUGCCUGCUGUGUCCGAGGACCAGCAGAGCAACUGCUGGAGCUCAGCAGGAGAUGCAGGGCCCUCGCCUUCCUCCACGUGCAGCUCCAUCGCCAACGGCCAGAGCUACAACCAGUACAGCACCCGGUCCAAAGCCGUCAGGAUACUCAACAAUACCAAGGACUCCAUUAAAGCAAACGAAGCUAUUGACGUAGUCCCUCAUGCUGCACCAGAAGCCCCUUGCUGUAUGUGUAACUGCAAGGGCACCUUGCAGGCUAUUUUGCAAGAGCUGCGUACUAUGAGGAGGCUAAUGCAGACUCAAAAAGCAUCCCUGGAGAAGCAGGAACAGCCGGUACAAUCAGGCCAACCGCGCCUUGUUUCUGGGUCCACGCCGCGUCGUAGGCCUCGCAAGAGAAGGACCAUCUAUAAGACGGCGCCGCUGUCUGCAUCCAGUAGAAGAGCUUCUGUUGCCCCUCUGGCACCAUCCCUGCUUAUAGCUGCACCCCUAGAAUGUAAAAGAAAAGAAGACGAGGAGAAAGAGAGCGAUUUCUCCACGGUCGACUCCGUCGCUUCGGAGGUUUCCACACUGCCAGCUCAGAACAACCCAGCAGCUGCCACUGAUACACACCGACCCCCCCUCAGUCACGUGAAGGGCCCUCCGUCCUUAGAGUCUGAGGUGCGUCUGGCAGAGGACUAUGAUGUGUUCAUAUCCAAAGCCCAGCUGGACUCCAUCCUCGUGAACUACACACGCUCCGGCAGCCUGCUGUUCCGGAAACUGGUAUGUGCCUUCUUUGAUGAUGCUACUCUGGCUAACUCAUUGCCCAAUGGCAAGAGGAAGAGAGGGCUAAAUGACAACCGUAAAGGCCUGGACCAGAACAUUGUGGGUGCAAUUAAAGUAUUUACAGAGAAAUACUGCACAGCACACAGAAUAGAGAAGCUCCCUGGUCCUCGAGACUGGGUUCAGAUACUUCAAGAUCAGAUCAAACUUGCCAGGAGGAGACUGAAAAGAGAUGCUGCAGAUGCAGAAGAUGCCUUCAAUGGACCAUGUACAAAAAACCAGCUGGUCAACCUCCCAUCUGUAAGCAGACUUGUCACCCUCAGAUAUGAGUCCGAUGGCAGUGGUGUUGUCCUCAAACUUCAGGAGCCUGACACAUUCAUGCCUGGAGGAUCAGCCAUUUGUGUAAAGUGA